AAUGACACAAGGCUUAUCAAAGGAUUAAAUUUGAUAAAAUCUCAACUAACAACAGGAAGUUUAGCAUCAUAUGACAACUUUCAAUAUGAUGAAUUAUAUAGAUUCAUGUUAAUUUAUAAUAUUGAAGUUGAGGAUACUAUAACUGAUAGUAAAAAGCUUUCUGAUGAGAUGAUAACACUGAAGAAGCUUGAAGUAAAUUUACCAGAUGAUGUAUAUAAUCUUUUG